GUAAUCAGAGAAAUGAGACUUGCCUAGUGUGACUUUCCUAGUCUUAGACCGUGUCAAUCUCUUCGCGAACCCUACACGUUGACAUUGAGCACACUCGGUGAUAGUGAACUCAGGCUGUCCGCAUACGACCGUCGCCACGCUGUUCUCGUCCGAAUAUGCGACUUUUCUGCCUCUCUAACUCGAUUUCUUUGUAUAAAAGGAAUGGGAGACAAGGGAGUAGUUAGGUUUUCUCGAAUUUGCUUUUAGGGUUGCUCAGAUCAUCGAAGCCCAACGUACCGGCCGUCCCGAUUAAGAGGUUUGCAAUGGCGACUGUUGGGGAUUUGGUCGACAUAAUCCACGUGAUAGAUAAGAUUAUUGAUGCUAUUGAAACUUCGCAAAAGUGUAAGGAUGUUUGCUUGGAGUUUAAAGAAUACUUGUGGUAUAUUUCUAAGAACUUGGAGCAGCUCCAAGGCAAGCCACUCAGUGACAUAACUGUGGUGACAUUGAAAAGGCUGAAAGAUGUUCUGGAGAAGGCUUACCAAGUCAUUGACUCCUUGCAGAAUUACAAUUUUGUUUACCUUAUGCUCAAUGGUACACGCAUUCUGAAACAAAUCAAAGAAGCAGAUAGUAGGAUACAACAAUAUAUGACCCUUUUUCCAAUAGUGCAAUUGAACGAAACAUUUAGAUUAUUCUCGGUAAAAACAAAUAUCAUCUUGCGAGAACCACAUGAAUUUGCCCCCAAUAUAACAGAUGCAGCAUCAACUUCAGGAUGCUCGAAGGCACAGGGAGUGGGUCUCCGUGUCUUUAAAUUCAAGGAACUGAGGAGUGCCACAGAUAAUUUUAAGCAUGAUCACUUCAUUGGAAAAGGACUAUUUGGUUCUGUGUACAAGGGGUCGGUCAAAGAUAAUAGUGGGCCUGGCACAUUGGAUGUUGCUAUUAAGAGAGCUCAUAUGCAUUCUUCCAAAGAGGCUGAAGCUGAGGUAAAAUAUUUAGAACGGAUUUCACAUCCCAAUGUAAUAAAGUUGUUGGGCUAUUGCAAUAAAAUAGAUAAAAGAAUGUGGAUAGGAUUUCGCAGGAAGGAAGCAAACAUCUAUUUAUCAGUUUUUGAAUACAUGGCUAAUGCGAGCUUGUCUGACCAUCUAUUUUCAGGUAAACAAGCUUUUGAGCUUUCAUGGGCCCAAAGGAUAAAGAUAGCGAAUGGUUUUGCUGGAGCUCUCGCUUUUUUACACAAAUUACAGAUUAUUCAUCGGGAUGUGAAGAGUGCUAACAUCUUGCUUGACUCGAACUUUAAUUCAAAGCUUGCAACAUUUGGAUCGGCAACGGACUUCAAUUCUCACACUGAAAUAGGUGUUAUAUAUGGCACCUUCGGAUAUAUUGGAAAAAGCGAGCUAAGUGAAAAGAUUGAUGUGCAUGGAUUUGGAGCCACAUUGCUGGAAAUUCUCUCGGGUCAGCAUGUAGCCUACUUGGACUUAAAUUUGCAACGGUUGAUGCCCCAAGAGUUUCAAAGCCCUGUAGAUUCAAGCACAAAAAUAUAUAGAGACAGCUACUUGCAAAAAUUUAUCAUUUCCUCUACCUCUGGUUUGAAGAAUCUUAAUAACCUGAUGGACCCAAGGCUCGACGGGAAGUAUCCAUUGGAAGCUGCUCACCUUGCAGUUCAGCUUGCGCUAAAUUGUGUUGCUGGCGAUCCUAAUAAACGUCCAUCGAUGGAAGAAGUCAUUAAGGACCUUGAACAUAUUCAAACCAUCAAGAUGCCUUCGACUACCUCAACUCCUAGUCGAAUCAUUUUUGAUCCUUUUGAUGCAGAUGUAGAGUUGUCAUUCUCAGUUCCUAGAUCGAUGAUGAUGUCUGAGCCAACAUCGUAUGAUGCAGACGUAGAAUUACCAUUCUCACGUUCUAAGUCCAUAGUGUAUGAAUCAGCACCUUUCGAUGCAGAAACAGAAUUAUCAUUCUCCAAAUUCAAGACAUCACAUUCUCCUAUCUAUUGA